GUGGUUCCUCUUACGCAGCAUAUUUCUGCUGGCUCCAGGACUUUGGCCAACUAUAAAGCUUAGCAAUAGAAAAGGAAGAUAUUUGGAAGGAGGAAGAGUGUUUGGCUAGGCCUGGAGAAAGAUCAGCUUUCCAUGCAACUAUGUUCUCUGAAGUGGAGACCUUUGAGAUCAAUGAUCCAAAGCCCAAGAAGAGAAAUGGAAUGAACUGCUUCAUGACCCUUGUCAUUGCCUACUUGAUUCUGCUCACUGUGUGUGCUGGAUUGCUGGUGGUAAAAGUUUUAAAUCUGCAGGAACGGAUCUCUGAUCUUGAGAUUGACUUUACCAAUGAAACGCUGGACUCUGAGAUCGUCUUGGCUAAAGACAGCCAGCACAAGUUCUUCCAGUGGACAACUCACCUCCCCAGCCUGACACGUCGAGCCUCUGGGUUGCGUGUCUUGCAGUUCCAGUUACACCAGGUGCGCAGAGACCAGGAUCUGCUGUCGCAGCAGGUGGACAACUUCACACAGAACUCAGAGUUGUUCCGGGUCAAAGGUGAACGAGGCGCACCAGGGCCCCCAGGACCUCAAGGCCCACCAGGACUCAAAGGAGCAACUGGAAACAAGGGGAGCAUGGGCCAGAAAGGAGACAUGGGACAAACUGGAAUCCAGGGGAGUAAAGGUGACUUAGGAAAGCCAGGUGUUCCAGGUAUUCCUGGAAUUCAAGGAAUCAAAGGAGAUCAAGGGGAACCUGGACCCAGAGGUCUUCCAGGUCCUCCAGGAGCAAUGGGACCCCAGGGUGCCAAGGGAGAGACUGGCCGCAUUGGCCUUACGGGACAAAGAGGACCUCAAGGGACUCCCGGGCUACCAGGAGUAAUAGGAUUGAAAGGAAGCAAGGGAGACCCAGGGCUUCAAGGACAGAAAGGAACAAAAGGAGAAGCAGGAGUUCCAGGGUCCCAGGGUACAAAAGGAGAAAAGGGAACUGCAGGUUUGGCAGGACCCAAGGGUGAUCCUGGACCAGCUGGCCAAAAGGGAGAAUCAGGGACAAAAGCUCAAACCUUUGCAAAUGUCAGGAUCAUUGGCUCUGGCACUCGGGGCAGAGCUGAAGUCUUGUAUAAUGAUGCCUGGGGAACUAUUUGUGAUGAUGAUUGGGACAACAGUGAUGCCACAGUCUUCUGCCGCAUGCUGGGCUACUCCUCAGGAACUGCUAUUGUCAAUUUUGGAGGUGGCACUGGGCAGAUCUGGCUGGAUAAUGUAGCCUGUAGAGGCACUGAGAGCAGCCUGUGGGACUGCAAGAAGAGUGAGUGGGGCACUCAUAACUGCCAGCACAGCGAGGACGCUGGAGUAAAUUGCAACUGACUCUCAGCAGCUUUCCAGUUUCUGUGGCUGUGGACACUCUGCUCACCCCUGAGAUGCCAGU